UUGCACUGAGGCCAGUCGGUAAAGCAGUGAGGCCUCAUGGACCCUGCCAGACGUGGGAAGCUUUGCCACAGAGGAUGUAUGAGCUGACACGGUGACUUUCUCCAGUAAAUUCCUAGAUCUGACCUCUCACAGCCAUGGGGGAUUGGAACCUGUUGGGAAAGCUCCUGGAAAAAGCCCAGGAGCACUCCACUGUCGUGGGGAAGGUGUGGCUCACUGUCCUGUUCAUCUUCCGCAUCCUGAUCCUGAGUGCUGCGACAGAGAAGGUGUGGGGCGACGAGCAGUCGGGCUUCACCUGCGACACCAAGCAGCCCGGUUGCGAGAACGUAUGCUAUGACAUCACUUUCCCCAUAUCUCACGUCCGGUUCUGGGUGCUGCAGAUAAUUUUUGUAUCCACACCGACUCUGAUAUACCUGGGGCACAUUCUCCAUCUAGUCCGGAUGGAGGAAAAGCAGAAGGAGAAAGAAAAGGAGAGAGAAAAGGAGCAUAGUCAUCAAUCAGACAAACAGACUCUCAUUGUGGAUGUGAAGCACAAGAAGGCUCUGAUAAGAGACAAUAAGGGACGAGUGCGCCUGCAGGGGGAGCUUUUGCGGACAUAUGUCUUCAAUGUGGUCUUCAAGACGCUGUUUGAGGUGGGCUUCAUCGUGGCCCAGUACUUUUUGUACGGCUUUGAGCUCAAACCCAUGUACACAUGUGACAGAACCCCCUGCCCCAAUGUGGUUAACUGCUACAUAUCCCGCCCCACAGAGAAAACCAUCUUCAUCAUCUUCAUGCUUGGAGUGGCAUCUGUGUCUCUGUUCCUCAACCUCAUAGAGAUCUACCAUCUGGGUUUCACCAAGUGCCGCCAGGGCAUCACCUUCAGGAGGCGCAACCAGUCCCAUGAGAGUAUCUCCAAGGAGCCCGGCGAGACUGCAGUGCCGUUUGCCCCAAGUUACGAUGACUACUUCCACGGGCACCACCAAGUCCAGCCCGCUUACCCGCCGGUGCCCUGCUACACCGCGGCCACAGACUCGUCCUUCCACCCCUACCACAGCAAGGCAGCCUACAAACAGAACAAGGACAACUUGGCGGUGGAGAGGAGCAGCAGCAGCAAGCCAGAGGAAUGUGACCUGAAAGGAAAGAAGGGAGCAGGAUCUGCCCCUGGGUCACCUACGCAGGCCAGGCCUGGCCACAGUGCCAAACACAGCAACAACAAGACUAGAAUAGACGAUCUGAAGAUAUGA